AGUCAUGCAACAAGUCUAAAAAAGAUAUACAACAGAGCCAUGCAAAGUUGCCGUUUCCAGCACUCGCCAUUUGGGGGAAAAUCUCAACUGGGUUUUUCAGUUUUUGUGGUUUUGAUCAUUUGGGUUUCUGGGUUUUGAGAAGCUGGUUGCAGAGAGAAAGGAAAAUGGGUCGGGGUAAGAUUGAAAUCAAGAAAAUAGAGAAUGCUAAUAGCAGGCAAGUCACAUUCUCCAAGAGGAGAACUGGGUUGCUCAAGAAGGCAAAGGAGCUAGCCAUUCUCUGUGAUGCUGAGGUUGCUGUUAUCAUCUUCUCCAACACAGGCAAAAUGUUUGAGUUUUCCAGUUCUGGUAUGAAGCACACACUUUCAAGAUACAACAAAUGUAAGGAUUCUUCAGAGGCAGAAGUAGUGGAACCUAAAACGGAGGAACUCUGUUUAACAGAGAAGGAAGAUUCUAAGAUGGUGGAUAUUCUUCAAGAUGAAAUUGCAAAGCUAGAAACGAAGCAAUUACGGCUUCUGGGUAAGGACUUAACUGGAUUGGGCUUAAAGGAACUGCAAAAUCUAGAGCAGCAACUUAAUGAAGGUUUAUCGUCUGUAAAGGAGAGGAAGGAGGAAUUGCUUAUGGAGCAACUGGAGCAGUCAAGAGUUCAGGAGCAGAGAGCCAUGCUGGAGAAUGAAACUUUACGGAGACAGGUUGAGGAGCUUCGUUGUUUGUUUCCAUUAACAGAGCAUAUAGUCCCAACUUAUCUUCAGUAUCACCAUAUGGAAAGAAAGAAUGCCUUUGUAGAUAAUGGUGUUAAAAGUUCUAGCUUAUUCAGUAUCUGUGCAAAUGAGAAAGGAGAUUCAGACACCACAUUGCAUUUAGGGUUGCCGACUGAUGUUCAUCGCAAGAGGAAGGCACCUGAGAAAGAAACCUUUUCUAAUGAUUCAUAGAUUCAUAUGGCUCUAAUUACUCUGAUCCAGCUCUGACUUUCUUGUUUCAACAAGGUAAAGUGGAACUUGAGACUAAUAUAGUGCAGGUAGUUGUGCACAGUGUCAGUUAAAUCACAGAGGAAAAGUAGGACCCUAGGUGACCCCCCAAACUAUAAAUGUAGAAUUUGACUCUUUUAGAAUAUUGACAAGCUGCAGAUUAUUACCAGCUUUACCAAAUUUUGGUGUCAUUGGCUGGAAAUGUCUUACAUUAUGAACUUUGUUUUAGGUUAUCAUGAAAAAUAUGCUUAAGCUUGUUUAAUUGCUGUACAAGUUAUCUUGCCUUCAAUUUUUUUCAUUUUACCUUAUCAUUUACAGUGAGGAACCUGGUUGCAUUCUCCUAAACUGAGGUGAUCAAUGGUUGAGUGAUAACAUCAAAUUCUAGGUUUCUGUUGUAGUUGCCUUUUCUUUCAUGCGUCAAAGUUCUCUCCCAAUUUUCUGUUCUGCUA